AUGUGGAUCCUACCACUGAUCGGCUACGCAGGCGCCGUCGUAGGCUUCUGCUUCCUCACACUCGCCAUCGCCUCCGGACUAUACUACCUCUCCGAGCUGGUCGAAGAGCACACCGUCAUCGCGAAACGCCUCCUCACGCGCCUCAUCUACACCAUCAUAGGCGUCCAGCUCGCAUUAUGGCUGAUAGACGGGUUUCCCUUUGGUGCCACGCUGCUCGGCGUCUUUGCUCACGUGGUGUACCUGGGCAAUAUGCGCCGGUUCCCCUUUGUAAAGCUAUCUGAUCCGCUCUUCCUCCUCUCAUGCGUCCUCGUCCUGCUCGACCACUAUGUCUGGUUCCGACACUUUUCUGAUGGCCAGACACGCGCGUACCAGCGAUCCUCGUACUACGACCAGGUUGACGUGCCGAGUUUUUCUAUGAUUGCGUCCUACUUUGGGCUGUGUGUGUGGUUGGUGCCGUUUGCGCUGUUUGUGAGCUUGUCUGCGGGGGAUAAUGUGUUGCCGACGAUGGGGACGGAGCCGGUGCGUGGUGCGGAUGGGAAGGCGAAGCCGCAGGGGAUGGUGAAGGCGUUGGUGGAUUAUGUGCGUGGUGCGAUUGGCGAGAUUGCAGGGUCGAAUGGGAUGGGGAGGCCAUGA